AUGGACUUGGACGGCCACUGUCUACUGACGGACUUUGGUAUCUCGAAGGAAGGCAUCAAGGACCACACGUCGGCCAACACGUUCUGUGGCUCUCCCAUGUAUUUGGCACCGGAAAUGCUGUCCCGUUCUGGACACGGUUUCGCGUUGGAUUGGUACUCGGUGGGCGCUCUACUGUUUGAGCUGCUUACUGGUCUGCCGCCAUUCUACACGAACGAUAAGAAGCAGCUGUUCCACAACAUUCUCCGUGGCCACUUGGUGAUCCCAGAGUACCUAUCGUCCAACGCCCGCGACCUUAUUCAGAGAUUAUUGCACCGUGACCCGAAGCAGCGACUGGGAUCUGGCCCCACGGGCGACCGCGAGAUCUUUGACCACCCGUUCUUUGCUGGGGUUAACUGGGAGAAACUCAAGGCGCGUGAACUGCCGCCUCCGUUCCAGCCCAAGAUUAAGAAGGACCCAUCUGGUGUGCCCGAUACGUCCAACUUCCCGCAGGCUUUCACGGACCAGGAGAUCUCAGAGAUGGAGCGGGGCUUUGACCUUAUGGACCCCAACGCUGCCCAGGUGCAGCGCCCCAACCCGAAUGGACACAAGGACGACAAGCGUCUGUUUAAGGACUUCGACUUCACACCGGAGCUUCAACUGGACAACGAGGCGAAGCAGUUCGAGCAGCUUGCACUUCAACAGAACAGUUUUAAGAACCUGCCGCCGCCAGCUCUGCUCGAGACAGAUGAGUACAGCAUCUAG